CUCUUCUCCAGCUUGUGCACUGUCUCCAUGGUAACAGACAACCGCUAUGGACAAACAAUAGAGGUAAUCUCCAUUACACUGAAGUUACUGCUUCAGGUUUUACCUCUUAUAAUCAACACAGCAUCAGAAUAUGGACUUUACAGCAAAACCACCACUUUGCAGUCUGGAUGGAAGGAUGUCAGCUAGCAGGCAGCUAGCCCAUCCAGAUGACUGAUGCCACUGUACAUCACAGAGAGGAGAGUUCAGUUAGGAAACAAGGAGAUCAAUACAAAAUAAGGGAGCCUCUAUGUGCAAGGGUGACGGGGUUUGUGUGUGAUUACGCACACGUGAAAUAUGACGAAAUCCAUCCAGAACUGCCAAUAGUGUGAGUAAAAAAGAAGGCAACACCCCCUCAAGAAAACGUACAUAUAUUGGAAAGAGUUUUUUUUUUUUUUUUUUCGGGGGUUUGUGUCAGACAAGAUCAGAAACGCAGCAGGUGGAAGAGAACAAAGCAACAUGGCAUACGCUGGAAAUCAGAAUGUGGAGUUUGUGCGGACAGGCUACGGCAAGAAUGCGGUGAAGGUGAUGGUCAUCAAGAGACACGGGAGCCACCACUCCCUUAUUGAGCUGAAGGCUAACGUGGAGAUAACGCUCAAGUCACGCAAGGACUAUCUGACCGGAGACAACUCGGACAUCAUUCCUACCGACACCAUCAAGAACACUGUCCACGCCAUGGCCAAAAUCAAAGGGGUAAAUACUAUUGAGCAAUUUUCCAUGGAUCUCUGCCAUCAUUUCCUGACCUCUUUCAACCAUGUGCUGAGGGCCAAGGUUUACAUGGAGGAGGUGCCCUGGAGAAGACUGGAGAAGAAUGGUGUCGAACAUGUUCAUGCUUUUAUCUACAGCCCAGAGGCUUGUCGCUUCUGUGAUGUUGAGCAGAACCUCAACGGUACUCCAGUGGUUCACAGCGGCGUGAAGGACAUGAAGGUGCUAAAAACCACUCAGUCUGGCUUUGAGGGCUUUUUCCGAGAUCGUUUCACGACACUGCAAGACACCAAGGACAGGGUUUUCUGCACCACCGUUUACUCUAGGUGGCGCUACAACAAGGUCCAGAACGUUGACUUUGAUGCCGCAUGGAAGUGUAUGAGAGACACAAUUAUUGAGAAAUUUGCUGGCCCGUACGGUCGAGGAGAGUUUUCACCAUCUGUGCAAAAGACCCUUUAUGAAACACAAGUUCUGGCCCUGGACAGGAUUCCUGAGGUGGAGGAAAUCGAGAUUGUCAUGCCCAACCAGCAUUACUUCACCAUAGACAUGACAAAAAUGGGUCUUAGCAACAAAGAUGAGGUGUUUCUUCCUCUGGAUAAUCCCUCUGGAAACAUCACAGGGACAGUGUGUCGUAAGCAGAGAGCCAGACUUUAAAAGGGAAAGCCCAACCUGAAGACUCUACUGCUGGUUUCAGUAUUAACCUGUUGAUCCAACUAAUAGAAAAUCUGAUGAUGUAUCCAACAAUAUAUCCUUGAGAUGUAAAUAAAGUUGCUUCUGACUGAAUGUGUAACACCCGACCAGCCAAAAACGUAUGAAAAAUAAAAAAUAAUUACAGCCACUCUCA